AUGGGAAGUAGUAGACGGCCUCUUGCAUGCUUGACGUGCAAGCGACGAAGAGUCAAAUGCGACCACAAAAGGCCUACCUGCGCAAGAUGUACCCUGGCGAAAAUUGAUUGCAGCUGGCCCACACCUGUCGAAAGGAUACAAUUUGUGGACAUGAGCCAGGCUAUUGCUGCACGCCAUCCAUCUCAGGAAAUACAGAGCAAGAUCAAUGCGUCGACAAAGUUAAAGAAUACUCUACAUGACGAUUUGGAGACGCGGGCGCUCACAUUUUUCGUGCGACAUUAUACUCUGGAUUCAGAUGCUCAUGGUGGACCUAAUCCUGGACUUUUUGGAUAUGUCAUGGCAGCAUGCUCUGCGUCCCGCACUUCAGCAGCCGCCAUGUCAGUUUCUGCCGUAGCCUUGACGAUAUAUUCGAAAUGGCGCAUGGAUCAAAACUUGGCCAAACCUGUACCUAAUGUCAUAGGCCACGCUGUCAAAAGCCUGUCGGAAGAUCUCCAGAAGCAGAACUCAAAACAGACUGACGUCACUUUGUUAAGCAUCAUGUUGCUACAAUUUCAAUCCACCUUCGAGAAUUUGUUGUUUGCGAAGAAACGCUCAAGUGUACAUCACCUUGGUGCACUCGCGCUGGUCAGAGAGUUCGGUCAUCCUUCGACGUGGUCGGCCACAGCUAGCGAGUUCGUUGGUUGCAUAAUUCAUCUCGAGGUCACAGCUGCUAUUCGCGAAAAGCGCAAGGUGCACCCCGAGGUUUGCUACUGGAGAGCGGUCAUCGAAACCAUCUCGGAUGACACUAGUAGGUAUCUGGACACUCUGGGAAUCCAAGUCGCCGAUAUACAAUAUCGAGCUGCAGCACUGCAAGGAGAUACAGGUCUAUGCUCAUCAUUCGCAGAGGUCGAUACGCUCUUGGACGACAUCCAGAGACUAGACGAGCGACUUAUCCUGUGGCAGGGCCAGGUAUCGACAUUCUGGGGUCCGUAUAACUGGACUCCUCCUGGAAUCAUCUUUCCACCGAUACAAUCCUUCCAAGGAACUUGUCAGAUAUACACAUCAGUGACUGCAGCGAGGCGGAUGAACGACUGGCGGGCUCAUCGCCUAACUCUUGCGAUAACAUCUCUCAAGCUCAUCAGAGGACAAAAACACCGCAGUCCCGAGACGCCUGAGUCAGGCGAGUCAGAUACAAGCCAAAGUGGCGCGUACGUACUUGUGAAACGGAUACAAUGGUUAGUCGACGGUAUCUGCGCAUCCGUCCCCUUCUGUCUUGGCAACAGAAGCAGAGUCGGAUCAAUCGCAGACUUUAGUGACCAGACGUGGAAAUUUCCCUCAUGUCAUGAUAUGGCUGAGAUGUAUGGUCUCUACGGACGCUCGGCAGAGCCAAAGGGACUUGAAUCUUUCGCGGACCAUUACAGCCACGCUCUCACCCAGGGCUCAUGGCUGAUGUUGAGCAAUCUGGCUUUACUAGUCGCCACGUUCCUCGGCAACAAAACUCUGACUCCGCUGUUCCCACUCAAGCAAGGGCAAUUAAAAUGGAUCUGUCAGCAAUAUCUCCGCAACCUUUCACUAAACUCUAUAGAGUGGACGCAUGAUAACUCGCUUGUGAGCAAAGUGCUUACGGGGGUGGAUCUGCCGACUACAGAAGUCCUCGUCUAUGAAGCAAGUCGAUGCAUACGAUGCGUCUCGCGUGGGCUUCAGCUGACCGAUGACCCAUGA